AUGGACAGGAUUGGCAUGGUUAGCAGCAGCAGCUUUGUAGCUCACAAGUUGGAGGAGUCCCUUGGCAGCUUGGUAGGCGUUGGAGAGGCCCUUGGCUCAAAGGCCCUUCGGGUUUUUACCGCGGGUCCCCUGGCUGGGGCCGUGUACGGCUCGGACCUCUACGGGGUCUCGGAUUCCGAGCUGCUCAGCUUGCGUAGGACCAACGGCGACCUCGCGAGCGCGCAGGGGGACGCCUCCGCCGAGAGGCGGGGCAGCCGCUUCUUGACGGAGGGCGGAGGCGGCCAGCGGAACAUCCAGGACCAGAUCAUGCAGACCAACGCCAUCCUGGAGGCCUUCGGGAACGCGAUGACCGUUCGGAACAACAACUCCUCCCGCUUCGGGAAGUGGAUGGAGAUACCCUUCGACGCGACCGGCGACAUGCAGGGCUGCAGGAUUGUCGAUUACCUGCUGGAGCUUACUCGCGUGUGCUCCUGCGACCGCAAGGAGCGAACGUACCACGUGUUCUUCGCCCUGGUCGAGAGCAGGAGCAGGGACGAGCUGAAGGGCUUCGACAUCCAGCCGCCAGAGGACUACGCGUACCUGAAGGGUAGACAGCUCAAGGCGCCUGGCGUGGACGAUGCCGCCACCUUCCAGGAGCUGCUGGACGCGUUCGAGGCCCUCGGGGUCGACGAGGACACGCGGAGGGCGAUCUUCAGUGUCGUCCUGGGUGUCCUCAGCCUUGGUAACAUCGACUUCAAGGACAACGAGAGGGACCCGGAGGAGGGCGCGAGCGUGGUCACCGGGGGUUCGGGCGCGUUCACGAAAGCCACCGCCCUGCUGGCCGUGGACGAGUCCACCCUGACGCGGGCCCUGCUCGUGAAGAAGCGCAAGGUCGGGAAGGAGUUCGUGGAGACCCGGCUGAAGGCGCGGGAGGCGAAGGCCGGCUGCGACGCCCUCGCGCGCCUGGUCUACGGGCGGCUGUUCAAGUGGCUCGUGGAGAAGAUCAACGAGAGGCUCCUGAAGACCACCGCGGUCGACCAGUUCCUGGGCCUGCUCGACAUUGCGGGCUUCGAGAGCUUCGAGAAGAAUUCCCUGGAGCAGCUGCUGAUCAACCUCAGCAACGAGCACCUCCAGAGCCACUUCAACGACUUCUUCAUCAAGCAAGAGCUCGAGAUCCUGAAGUCCGAAGGGGUCACCAUCCCUGCCGGCCUCUUCAGCGAAGACGAGCAGGACGCGAUCGAGCUGAUCGCUGGCAAGGCGGGGAUCCUGGCCAAGCUGGACGACAGCUGCGGCGGCAUGAAGGCGAGCGACGACACCUUCCACUCUGCGCUCGACAGGGAGCUCAAGGACAAGCACAAGAGGCUCAUCAUGCCCAAGGUCAAGAAGCCGAUAUUCACCGUGGAGCACUUCGCGGGCAGGGUCGAGUAUCACGUCGAGGGGUUCAUCGAGAAAAACCUCGACAGGCCUCCAGACGAAGCGGCCGACUGCCUGCUGACGACGACCAACGUCGUGCUCAAGGAGAUAGCUGGCGUCGUGCAGGCUCAUCAGGCGGAGGCGAACGACGGUGCAGCAGGAGGCGCCAAACGCAAGGCCAAGACCGUCAGCAACGGCUUCCGCACGUCCCUUGCCUCGCUCAUGGCGAAGGUCAAGGAGGCGCAGCCGCACUUCGUCCGGUGCAUCAAGCCGAACCCGGAGAAGAAGGCGGGGGUGUUCAACUCCCGGUCCGUGAUGGAGCAGCUGAGCUACAGCGGGGUGCUGGAGGCCGUGCGGAUCCGGCGGGAGGGGUACCCCACGCGCAUCGAGUUCGACAAGUUCGUGGACUUCUACGACUGUGUCGCAGGCGCAGACCGGCCCAAGCUCAGCGGCCCCAGCGCACCCUCGGACCCGAAGGAGCGCUGCAAGCUGCUGCUCGGCCUGUUCCCGGAGCAGUUCCGUCCGAGCGCCAAGGAGUUGGUGCUGGGCACCACGAGGGUCUUCGCGAUGAACGACUACUCGGUGAGGCUCGACGCGGAGUGCGCAAGGAUACGGGAGGAGAUAGAGAAGCAGCUGCGCGUGCUGCGGGACGCGCUCCAUCAGGCGUGCCUCAGCCGCAGCAUCCCCGCGCUGCAGUCCGCGCUUGCCGACGCGAAGGCCUGCGGCCUCGACGACCGCGACGGCACGCUGCAGGCCGCCCUCGCCGAGGCCUCCGAGGCCCUGGCCCACGAGGAGGGCAAGGAGGCGUGCCGCAGGAGGCUCGCGGAGGCCAGCGAGGCGCAGGACGUUGCCGCCCUCAAGGCCGCCCUCAAGGAGGCGCAGGAGGUGUACAGCCUGCCGGAGCAGGACCUGGCGCUGCCCCGCAAGGUGCUCCGCGGCCACGUCCUGAACUGGGUGCGGAAGGAGUUGGCCGAGGCGGGCCGGAGCCUGGAGAAGUUGCGAGCCGCGAUCGCGGAGGCUGGGGUGCAGGGCCUCCCGAGCGAGGAUGCGGCCCUCGUCGCGGCGGAGGCGAUCCUCAGAGAGGAGGAGGCCAAGGAGCAGGCGAGCGCGGCCCUAGACGAGGCCGUCUCCUCCAUGGACAUCCUCGCGCUGGAGGCGGCCGUCCGCGCCGGCGAGGCCGCGGGGCUCACCGACAGCGAGCUGCAGCUGGGCCGCAAGGCGCUGGCAGCUGCGAAGCGUAAGGUCGCUGCGCGCGAGGGGCUGGCGGGCGCGGUUCGGGACGGGUGCGCGGCGGCGCUGGAGGCCGCCAUCGGGGAGGGCGAGGGUGCCGGCCUGUCGGAGGACGAGCUGGCCGGCGCGCGGGGGGCGCUGGAGGCGGAGAGGCGCAGGGACGAAGCCCGCCGCCGCGUCGCUCGGGCCAUGGAGGCGCGUGGCCUGGAGGAGUUGCGGGAGGCGGUCGCGGAAGCCGCGGCCAGCGGCCUGGGCGACGCCGACCUGCUGCCGGCCCGCCGCGCGCUGGCCGAGGAG